AUGCUGAACGAAUUGCGAGAAUGGCGCCAGAUUAUGACUUUAGUACCACCUCCCAUACACAAUCGGCAAGCAGAUAAUGAGCUUGCUGAGCGUUCUGUACUUUUAUGUCAAAAUCGUCUGCAUUACUACAACCUUUGGUUUUUCUCCCUUCUUGUUCGAUCCACUUAUGACAAUUCUGUGAGUGUAGUCUCAAAACUUUUCAACUUAGCGGCUUUAAGCACUUCUGAUUCUGCAAUUUUACCAUGCGAACUCCCUAUCACUACGUCAGCUCACCCCCUUUCUAGAUCAGCACCUACGAAUCUCAAGAUCCCAACCUCAAAGAAUGGAUAUGGAAAGAGUUUUACAACAACAUUCUUGACGUAG